ACCAGGCGAUUCACAAAAGAUGUAUUUUGUAGAUCUUGAAAAUUGAAAAGCGGAACACGGAAGCCGUAAUUUGCAUAGUUAUCCGAAUCUCCGAAAAGAUAUGCAGAGCAAUUGCCACGAAAAUACACCCACGGUUUUGCUAAUUUCCGCAGCGACCUACAUUUUCCGCGUGCUAAUUAAAAUAUCUGUGUGUGUCAGAAGUUUCUCCGAAUUGAUUUUUUUGUUCACAACCUUUUGACUGAUCGAAGCUACCAAACGAGUUGCAGUUCAAUCGAAAUGCCUCAGAAAUUUCAGGGUAUGAAACUAAUGCUGCAAAAUUCUCAACAUUCUCCUUUCAAAAAUUGAAUCGUGACUAAAAGAUUCUUAGAUUUAAGAGAUUUAUGCAGUAGCUUCUAUUCUGCAUAAUCGAAGGAGAAAGCAUCAAAUCGCGAAAGAAGUAGUCGAAUCUGUGUGAAAACCUGUGGAAUCAGAGAAAGAGUUGGAUUUUAAUUUUGCCGCGAGAAAAGUGCUGAAAAAUUCUCGUAAUUGGAGAAAUAAUUUUUAAAGCUUGAAUAUUUAGAGUGCAUCAGUGAGAUUUUGCAUUGUGUUAGGGUUUCAAGGGUUGAUUUGAGUGCGUUGAUGGAGUGCUUUGCUUCUUUGGCGAUUGGUCGGGCUUUCACUGUGAAUAGUGCCGUUUCAGUCGAACGAUUCCGCCCUCAUUUUGUGUCAAAAUCAUCUACGUUUCUUCACGCCUUCACUGGCUUACAGAGAUCAAGAAAAAGCUUUGGAAAGCAACUCCUCCAAUGUGAUAACUGGUGUAAAAUAAGUCGUAAUCUGUCCAUUGCUAGAGCAGAGCUUCACAAAUGCAAUAAAAGCGGUCAUCUCGCACCACUUGAGGUCCAAUCUCCUGCAGGCAAGUUAUUGAGUGACAUACUUGAAAAACAGCCAGAUCUCUUUCAUUUUGCUGUUGCUAGACAACUAGAAGAACUAGCUGCUGAUAGGGAUGGUGCUGUUGCUCGUCAAGAGCUGAGUGCAAGUGAUGCAUACUCAGUUUUACACAGGAAGAUAGCAGAACUGAAAGCAAAGGAAUGUCAGACGGCAGCAGAAGAGGUGAUUUACUUGUUAAUAGUUCAAAGGUUCCUUAAUCUCGAAAUACCAAUGGUACCCAAACUAUUGUCAUGCACGGAGAAUGGCAGGGUAGAUUCUUGGCUGCCAAAAGAUGAGGAACUAGAAUCUAUCCAUUCUACAGAGAUGCUUGAGAUGAUUAGAGAGCAUUUAUCCAGGAUUUUAGGCAGGCGAGGCAAAACGAAUAUUGUUGAUAGUCAUACGAUUACUCAAAUUGAUAGACUAACGCUUGGACGUAUUUAUGCUGCAUCCAUAAUGUACAGCUACUUUUUGAGAAGAGCAUGCCAGAGAUAUCAGCUAGAGGUCAACUUAGAGAUAGUCUAUGCCCCUCUGUUUGAUUCAAGUGAUUUGAACAAACAUCUUUUGGAUUUGGGAGGAAAUAACAUUUUCAGUUGGAGCAAGCAUCCUGCUGUUCAAGCUGCAGAUGUUGUUCCUGAAGCAGAUCCUUCUAUGUCUUACUUGGUUGAAACUAAAGCAAAACCCAGGCAGCUGAGAGAUUAUAUCAUGUCCUUUGAUGCAGAUUCUUUAAAAAGAUGUGCAACAAUGAGAACAAAAGAAACCGUUAACAUGAUUGAGAAACAUGCUGGGGCUCUUUUCGGAAGGCCAGUUACACACAUUGCAGAAGAUGGAACAGUCACUAUUGCAUCCGAUGAAAUCAGGCUAACAUAUUCCAGCUUGAGAAGGCUACUUCUGGAGGCUACUGCAUUUGGUUCUUUCCUUUGGGAUGCAGAAGGCUAUGUAGAUUCUAUAUACAGUUUGACUGAUAAUUGAGUUCCCUAGGCAUCUGCUACAAGAAAUAGGGACGUAUUAGGAAAGACCAAAAUGCUUCCUGAGUGUUCUUGUUCUCUGCUAACGUUGCUUCAUAUAGUUUAUUCUUGUAAUACAAUUGUACAGUGUAAAUUUAAUUUAUUGGAACUAUCUGAAGAUCCAGAGCUCAGGCCUGCUUAGAAAAAGGAUUCAAAAUUCUAAAUAGUUCUUGUAGCAGAGUGGCUUAAAUUUGCAGCUACUGGCAUUCUUAUUGCCCCAAUAGGACCAAAAUAAGACUGAAAAUUACUGUUAGAUAAUCAUCAGUAUUGAUUCAGAGAUUAGUGCCUUAGCAUAAAAAGCUUUCCGUAAAACCGAGAGUAUAAAAUAAAACUUCUGGCCUAAACAUUGUGAGCACUUAAAUUAAACUAUAACCAUAUAAUAGAAAAUAUCUUGCUAUUUCUGCA